AUGGGCAGUCUCGACGUCCUCACCCCACUCACGACAAACGAGCAGCACGAGACGUAUACGAAGAUUCAAUUCUCGCCUGGAGCAGUACAGAGCACAACUACGCACACCCGUGAGGUCAAGGGAACAGGAGGGAAAUCGUCACUUGGAGAUCUCCCAGAAUCCGAGAUUGGGGACAGCGCUGGUCGUCCCUCUCAGAAGCAUUCAUUGGCCGAUGUUGAACUAGAGCCAUUUCUUCUCGAGACGUUUAGCUCCCACACCUCGUGUCACAGCAAGAGGCGACACCACAGCGAGACAUUUCGGCGGUCCUCUACGGAUUUGCAAACACACGAGACAAGCAUCUCAUCAAUCCACGUCGAUAACGUAGUACACUCAUUUCUCGAAGCUUUCGCGCGCGACUCUGUUUCAAUUUCACCUCUUGGAAUCCACUCCGAUCAGAUUCCCGUCGAUUUCCCGUCUCUAUCUCUCUCUCGCUCUUCCCGGCUGCAACUUGCACACAUCCACACUCACUCCAUACAUACAGUCACCUUUGUAGGGCAACUCACAAUCAUUCAUUCUUCCCCCUUUCUUAUUCAACAUUCGGGUAACAAUUUCUUCUUCGCCGAGAAGCCAGCCGACGACCGACACAAAACGCUUGCCCCAAGCCAGUCUAAACCGAUUGUCAACCCAUCCGAGCACAUUUCAAUCAGCAGCCGUGGAGCCGUGGCCGCGACUGCUGUCAGUGCUUUUGAUAGGAGGUACAAGUCUGCAAAGUGGGGCCCGCACCUUCCAUUCCAGGCCCCAUCUCGUCUGGCGACUCAGCCUCUCUCCUUCCCUCUGGGCUCCCGUCUGGCUCUGGCUCUGGCUCUGCGUCUGCGUCUGUGUCUGUCCGCCUCUCCACCAACAAACAACAAAACACUGCGGUCGACAAAGAGCAGGGGGAAGAAUAGGAAGCGCAGCUCUCACCACCUCGUCGUCGCUGCCAUCAAAUGGCUGCAACUCAUCCGAUUCUCAAGCAUCAAAAAUCUUCAAUUCAACAGCUUCGAUACCCAGCAUUCACAGCACCCAACUCACCACCCUCUUGCCGACCGAACAGCAAUAGCAAUGCGUUUAGCUCUCGGUAAGCGCCCUUCGGCGCGCCGGAGUAAGUGGGCGAACCUUCUUGCAGUGGCAGCCCUCGCACCUCCCUCGGUGGCAGCAAUCCAGUUCACCCCAGUUUCCGAUGCGAACCUCGACCUUUCCCAGCUUGGCAGAAUUGGUGUGGCGGGCGACUUCAACGGAAUCUCCCUCUACCAGUUUGAGGAGCAAAAUGAGAAGCCUUACAGCACAAACGGAAGCGAGUCUUUGCUUUCUCAGCUGCCCAAUGGGGCCUUUGCGUCGCUCAUCUCAACUGAUGCCUCAAUUCACGACAUGUGCACAUUCACCCUCGACAAUGGAACGAUGCAGGGAGUGGUAAUUGGCGGUAAUUUCACGAGCUUGGAUGGCACUCAGUCUCAAGGCAUCGCCUUGUUCAACCCCAACACCUCCCAGAUCACCCCUCUGGCCGGUCUGUCAGGUCAGGUGAACACUCUUCUCUGCGACCAAGCUGCCAACACCGUUUAUGUUGGAGGUAACUUCAGAGGCGCCAACUCGACGAACGCAAUCGCCUGGUACGGCACCGAUGGAUGGACUAACCUUCCUUUCGCUGGUUUCAACGGCCCUGUUUCGUCCAUCACCAAGGCUUCAAACGGCCACAUCGUCUUUGGCGGCAGCUUCACUGGGCUUGGCAACACUAGCACUCCCAGCACCCCAGAUGGACAGGUUAUCAACCUCUCGACUGCCAACGUUACUUCGGCUUCGAGCACCUCUACCGCUGGCUUCAGUGACCCUCGCAACAUCAUCUGCAAGACGGACGGGGCUGAUGGCUCAGGCAACACUUGGCUGCUCCGCGACAACUCUGCUGGAUUCUGGCAGGCAAGUUUCGGCUUCGGUUUCCAGCCCACCAAGAUGCGGCUCUGGAACACCCACCAGGACGGCCGAGGAACUAAGACAUUCCGUUUUACUGCUCUCCCUCUGGGCGGUAUCUUGAACAUGACCUACGUGGACCCCACGACUGGUCAGAACGCUACCUGCACUAGCGAGUGUCCUCUCAGCAACAACUCGACUCUCAAGUUCCAGGACUUCCACUUUGUCAACCUGGUCGGAAUGAACUCAUUCAGAAUCGAUAUUUCCGACUACUACGGAUCUGGCGGUGGUCUGAACGGCAUCCAACUUUUCGAGGACGACAUCAACUCGUACGCCAUCAACGACUUCAACUCCCCGGCCUGCGCAGAUAGUGACACCAAGUCAUCUGCCACGACCACCGGACCGUGGUCGACUUCUCCUUCCUUGCAGAGCAGCUCUCAGUACUUGACUGCCAAGCUAUCCGGAACCAUCAGCGCAAGCUCCGCCACGGUUACCUUCCUCCCGGAUCUCAAGGAGUCUGGCAACUAUUCCGUCAACCUGUACACGCCCGGCUGCCUGCAAGACGGUACCUGCUCGACCCGAGCACAGGUCAACGUUACCGGCAUCAUGUCGUCCACUGGUAGCAACAAGUUUACGACGUCCCUUUACCAGACUAAUAACUUUGACAAGUAUGACCAGAUCUACUUCGGCUAUAUCGAGGCGAGCUCAGCAGACGGCUUCCGGCCCAGCGUCACCCUGACUCCUUUGGCUGGGCAGAGCAUUGAUGAAAUGACCAUUGUCGCUCAGCGAGUCGGAUUCACCCUUAUCAAUUCGACGGGUGGCCUAAAUGGCCUAUUCGACUUCGACCCUUCGUCUGCCACAGUCAACACUGAUUUCAAGAGCUCCAAGAUCAACCAGCUCGGGUCCUCAUUCUCUUCAGGAUCUGCAGUCACUAGCUUGACGACUGCUGGCGACUUGGUCAUCGUCGGAGGCAACUUCACGUCAUCUACUGCCCGCAAUGUCAUUGGUAUCAACACGGCAAGCGAGGCUACCAUGGCUCUCGACGGCGGUCUCAAUGGCGAAGUGAAGGCGAUGGAACUCAACGGUACCCAACUUUACGUUGGCGGUGUCUUCUCCAACACCCUCGACAAUGCCGUCACAGGUCUCAACAAUGUCGGCGUGUACGACACCUCCGCCAACACGUGGACUGCACUUGGUGCAGGCGUCAACGGCGAAGUCUCCCACGUUGUCCCGAUGCUCGUCAACAUUACAAGCGAGAGUGAGGCAGAGUCGGUCGUUACAUUCACUGGUGACUUCAGCGAGAUCAACGCGUUCGGAGACAACUCAGCUAUUCAGGCUUCCGGCUUUGCCGUCUGGGUGCCCUCUCAGAAGAAUUGGCUGCAGAACCUCAACGGCCCUGUCCCGGCCUUGAACGGAAUCCUGACUACUGGCAUUCUCGAUCUUCCCGGAGGAGGAUCUCUCUACGCAGGAUCGAUGACCUCGGCAACUAUUAGUGCCAAUGGUGCCGUCACCCUUGCUGAGAAGUUUGGCCAGUUCCCGGUCAAGUUCAAGUCAUCUUCGACGACCUCUAGCACCGUCAGCAAGCGCGAUUCUCUGGCCAGUGGCAACAUUACGGGCGUGGUCACUGGUGCAUUCUACACUGGCAACAACCGCAACAUUACCAUCCUCGGUGGUCACUUCACAGCCGUGGGCACCAACGGCAGCUCCGCCAACAACCUGGUGCUCAUUGACGGGUCGAACUCGAACUCGAUCACCGGCCUCGGCUCUCAGAUCGAGGACAACUCAACCUUCAUUGCCCUUGCGGUAACUGGCGACCUUCUCUUUGCCGGAGGUAGUGUCCGUGGUACUGUCAACAACAAUGCUGUGCGAGGUAUCAUUUCCCUGAACCUUCAAACUGCUACCUUCAACAGCACGCAACCUCCCGGCAUCAGCGGCGGAAACGCGACUGUCACCUCCAUUGAGGUCCGCCCCGAUUCUGGCGAUGUCUAUGUUGCUGGUUCUUUCGAAUCAGCUGGAGCACUCGGCUGCCCAGGUGUCUGCUACUACGACACAUCUCUGGCAGGUUGGAACCGUCCCGGUGUUAACCUCGAAGGCACCGGUCAUUGCCUCAUCUGGACCAGCAAGUCCCAGCUUGUUGCCGGUGGCAACUUCACAUUGAAUGGUACCUCUCCAACCAUGCUUGCCAUGUACAGCCCCGAUCGCCAGGCAUGGUCUGCCUACCCCGGCGAGGACUCUCUGCCUGGUCCCGUCGAGGUUCUGACGGCUGGAUCGAGUGAUCGCAAGCAACUCUGGGUUUCCGGAACCGCGAACAACGGCUCCAUCUACCUGAUGAAGUACGACGGCUCCAAGUGGCAAUCUGCCGGAACUACUCUACUUCCGGGCACUAUUGUCAACAGCAUCCAGGUCUUUUCUCUGACCUCAUCCCACGAUAAUACCGACAUCCUUGACUCCAACCAAGCCUUGAUGAUUACUGGCUCCCUCAACGUUCCCGGCUACGGAUCAGCGUCGGCUGCCAUCUUCAACGGAACGACCUUCCAACCGUACGCGCUCACCGUCAAUGGCGGUAACACCGCCGGCUCGAUUUCGAGAAUCUUCACCGAGAACCAGGACUUCUUCUCCGACAAUGAUGGCCGCAUGGCUCUUGGAUUCAUUGUCCUAAUUGGACUCGGUAUCUCGCUCGCCCUCAUCUUCCUCAUCGUCAUCGUCGGUAUGGCCCUCGAUCGCCUGCGCAAGAAGCGUGAGGGAUACUCGCCAGCACCGACAUCGAUGUACGACCGCGGCGGCGGUAUGAGAAAGAUUCCUCCCCACGAGUUACUCGAGUCACUCGGCAAGGGCCGUCCUGGCGCUCCGCACGUGCAUGGCGUGGAAAAAGGAUACCAUCGCGACUCGACAUCUUUCACCAACGGAGGCAUAGAAUCAGCUGUUGAGUCCAAGAGGGACGAAGGCGGCACAUAUUCGGCACCACGCAAAACGCAAGUCUUCGAUAGCAGUCUACCUGGCUACGACCAAUCGAUAUGGCACGCCAUACGAUCUGACAGUAGCCUCGUGGACCGCCUCGACUUCUCUGCAUUCGAUUCUUCACGACCUCACGACCUUUGUUUAAUGUCUACAUGUUUAGUUAUACCACUAUGCGCGUCAAGCCGCUUUCUCUUCUCGGACACAAUCAGCAAGGUUCCUUCCCAGGAACUUGUACACUACAACUGGACACAGCUCCUUUUUGUUAUCGAGCUGGUCGCGCGCAUACACCAAAACAACCAAACAAUACCAAUCACUAUCAAUCAGGUUUCAUUUUUUUCUUCUUCACUUUGUCGUCUCCAAAUGAGACAUUGUCGGAGUUUCCCAAGCUUUGAAGACACAGCAGCAGCUUCAUGGCGGUUGAGUGCCAUAGGUAGCUUAAUAUCCAGUAUCGAACAAGGUUUACACGCCUGUGUUUUCCUACUCGUCAAGAUGACGAGGAUACAGAGAGGAAUGUCAUCCAAGUGUACUCUGGUGUGUACUGGUUUCCUCUCCAUCCCUCCCCCUGAUAUUCCUUCCUCCCCCAAGCGCUUCCCCUCGGCCAGAAAAUGUCUCGCCCUACGUGUCUGUACGACGUUUGAGAUCAUUGCCAGUACCGUCAUCGUCAUGUCGCUUAGACUGGUUCAUCUUGAGACAGCGCCUCACACGCCCCCUCCUUCCUCGGUCUCGUUUAGGUACUGGAUGCUGGGAGCUCAGAGUGUGGAUCACUCGAGAUGUCCAGAACUCGGAGCUAUAAGCUGGAAGCCGGAAGCUUUCGGGGGUUGCGGUGAACUUGAACUUGAUCUUGAUCUUGAACUAGAACUAGAGCUAGAGCUAGAGCUUGAGCUUGAGCUUGUUAGCAAGGAGGGGAAAGGGAAAACAGGAGAAAAGACGUUGCGCUUGCCCCAGAACAGCGAGCCCACGAUAUCUCACUCACUCACGCCCGGAAACAGCAUGAACGGCCUACAAGCACUACACCAUUACACUAUAAUGGCUGGAAGACGAGGGCUUGAGAUCGCAUCCUCCUCCGGCGUUGAGAUUUGCCCCGUGCCCCGAGAAGCCCUAGAGGGCGUUUGUUUCGUGCGGCUUUCGGCCGAAGCGACCACCGCCGCCGCCCCGACCCGACAAGACACCGAGAGAGUAGAUUCUAACCUCGAGGACACAGGUAGCCAAGAUAGGGCUGUUGUGUUGUUCGGCAGCCAUGCGCUUCGGACCAAGGCCCAACCUUCCGUUUCGGCCCUGGCGACAGACAGCUCAGAGAAACAUGGGCGACAUGGCCUUCUCCCAACCCUCGAUAUCGGAAGAGACGAUGCGAAAUCUGGCUGCAAGCUUCUCGAUUGGGAGCACCUCCCGUUCGUCGAGGCUAAAUUGCCUUCAUCUCGGAGAGGACCCUUGGGGGCCCCUCCCGUUGCCCCCCUCGGCAGGAUCCAGAGUGGUAACUUGUGA